AUGAAAAACCUAUCGAUACACUCAACCCUCUACCUCCUACUACUAUCUGCCUUAACAACAGAAGCCUGCUUACGUACAACACCUCCAGAAACCACUACACUACCUCCAGCUGUUACUACAACGACUACAGCUGCACCAACGACAACUACAACGACAGUAGCUGGUCAAACAACUACCACUACUACAACUACAACUACGACGACAACUACAACUACUACUACCACAACUACUACAACGACGACUACGGCUAUUCGUAGGUUCUUACAAAAGAAAAAAGUUUAUAAUUUAGAUAGUAUUUUAGAUAGUAUUACCUAAUCUAACACAACAAUUUCAGCUUGUGACGCACCAAACGACAACUCAGCCGGUGUCAUAUAUGAUAGCAGUGUAACACCAGACGACGUUUUUUCAUCGCAACCAAUUGCCGAAUGUACUACUUGUACCACAGGUACGAAGUAUUGGUUCACUGCCACCACGGAUGAUGAUGGAGCCGACGCGUUGGGAGAUGGUGCUUUGUCGUUCACUUGUUCUAACUGGGCCGACUUUUGUAUGUGUAACGCAGACGGUUGUUGUACAUUCGAUGGUACUGAUGUUGAUACGAUCAUUGCUUCGCCGUAUUGUGAUGCUGGUAGUAAGUUUUAUAGAACACAGUUUUUUAAACUUAAAGCUUAGUACAUUAUAAGUAAUAUCAUGUAUAAUUAUGUAUAAUUUAUACAUAUAGUAACGCGUUAUAACACAAAACUCUUUUAGCAUGCAUGAUGUACGUAACAUCAAACGGUGGUAGUUCUUUGACCUGCCCUAGUGGAACUAUAUCACCAGACAAUAACGGAGCACCAUUCGAUACGACCAAUUACUUUGUGCCAGACACCAUGAGUUGUAAUGGCUGUACUGACAUUAUGGAUGACACUUGUAGCGGUCCAACUGUACCUACCUAA